AUGAAGGUUCAUGUCGGGGUUGUGGUGCUGCUCGCAGCCGCUUGCAUUACCUUCGCCACUUUCGCAGUGUCCCCCUCCGCCGCGCAUGUCAGUCUCCCCAGCUCUGCGCGGAAGGUUCUCCGCGAACUGCUGGGGGACAGCGUUUCCGCCGCCAUUGCACCUCUGGCUGGGGGGAACGGGACAACGACCGGUCAUCGUGGACGCGAUUCGGCGGAAGUGAAAGAAGCAUGCGAGGAGAUCUACGGGUUGCUGCCGUGCAGCAGCAGCGUGGCGGGCAGCAUGUUCCUCAUGGCGGCCUACGGCUACCUCGUGCUCGUCGCCGCGCAGCUCAUCUCCGACGGCUCCGAGCUGCUUCUGCAGGUGCUCGACCCGGGGCUGAUAGGCGGCCUGCUGUUGCCCAUUCUGGGAGCUCUGCCCGACACACUGCUCAUCCUCGUGUCAGGGCUGGGAGGAACGAAGGAGGAGGCGCAGGAGCAGGUGCUGGUGGGAAUGGGCGUGCUGGCAGGCAGCACCAUCAUGAUCCUCACCAUCGCCUGGGGCGGCUCUCUCAUCUGCGGCCGCUGCGACCUCAUCGAGAAACCCACCCGCCGCGACAGCAGCAGCAGCAGUGGUGCUGGUGAUUCUGCUUCUGGUGGUGCGGGCGGGGGUGGGUCGUUUGUGCUGGUGGCGAAGGAUCGCACGCUGACGCGGCCGUAUAACUGGUUCAGGACGGGCGUGACCACGGACGAGCAGACGCGCAUCGGCGCGUGGAUCAUGAUGGGGUCGGUGGUGCCGUUCGUCAUCAUGCAGAUCCCCCUCAUGGACGGCGCGAGUGGCGAGUACUACGAGCAGCAGUCGCGCAUUGCGGCUCUGCUCGGCCUGCUGCUGUCUUUCGCAGGGCUUGUUGCCUACUGCGCAUACCAGGUGCUGUCGCCCUGGCUGCAGGCGAGCAAGAUCCAGUACGCGCGAGUGCACUACCUGCGCACCAUGGCCAUCCGCGACCUGCACCACCUCGCCCUGCGGAACACCUGGGGGGGCCUCGUGCGCCCAGACGGCUCCCCCGACCGCGACACGCUGCACAAGGUGUUCCGGCACUUUGACGAGGACGGCAGCGGGUCGCUGUCUAGGAGCGAGAUCAAAGGGCUCAUUCUGGGCCUUGGGAUCCAGAACAAGGGCGACGUGCCACCAGAGAACGAGAUCCAGGAGUGGAUGAGGGACUUUGACAGCAACUCCGAUGGCGAGAUUGGCGUGGAGGAGUUUGUACAUGGCAUGGAGCGAUGGAUGGCGCAAUUCGGAGGGGGGGGAGGAGGCAAGCAGCACGCACGCAGGCAGUCGGUCACCAAUCUGGAGAGCAUAUUAGACGGGCAUGUGGACACGGCCAAGGUGCAUCUGGAGGGGCUAGAGGACUCGCUUCUGGAUGAACCAGAGGGAGACGACGAUGAUGACGAUGAUGAGGACGAGGAAGCACCCAAGACCCCCGCUGAGAUCUACCGCCAGGCCAUUAUUAAGAUUGUGGGGGGAGCGCUGCUAGUGACAGUGUUUGCUGACCCUGUUGUCGAUUCCAUCACCUCUUUCUCCGCGGCGUCGCACAUCCCGCCGUUCUUCGUGGCGUUUGUGGUGACGCCGCUGGCGUCCAACGCGAGCGAGCUCAUCUCGUGCCUCAUCUUUGCCAUGAAGCGCCGCAAGCGCACCAUCUCGCUCACCUACUCGCAGGUCUAUGGCGCCAUCUCCAUGAACAACACCAUGUGUCUGGGCACGUUCCUUGCGUUGGUGUACUUCCGGUCAUUGAAGUGGCAGUUCAGUGCAGAGGUCACGAUCAUCCUGCUUAACACCUUCAUUGUCGGCAUUCUCGGUGGCACACGACGCACCUUCCAGACCUGGCUCGCCUUCCCCGUUCUCGCGCUCUAUCCGCUCUCGAUUCUCAUUGUUGCAUUCUUAGAUUAUGUCCUAGGCUGGAACUAG